AUGUCCUCCAGUAUAGACAUAUCGAAAUUUAUUGUGCGUCUUCGAGAUCUGUUAGACGGCUUGGUAGACGAGUUCCGAGAUUAUGAUUUUACCUUCAAACCACUUCUCACACAAUCAGAGUUCGAGGAGAAAGUGCUUCCUGAGAUAAAAGAGCUAUUAACAUUCAAAAAUCGAUACAUUAUUGUUUAUAACAUUUUUAGUAACUUAAUUAUAGAAUCACUUGAAAAUGAGAACAAGAUUUUGUGCUUAAUUGAUUUCCUGGUGAAUCUUUCCAAGUAUGAUACGGCUUUCAGGCCAUUACCAAAUGAUGCGGUUAAGGACAUAUCUUCAAGUGAGAUAUUUGGGAGCCUUAAGAAACACAUUUUUAAUAAGGAAAGAGUGGAUUACAAUUUUGAUCCAAGAUUGAGCGGUAUAAAUCCAGAUAUUAGUACAGAUCAUCAUGAAGCUGAGGCCGAAGGCAGUUCAGAAGAAUCAAGUGAGGCCAAUCAGAAGGAUUACAACACAUAUGUGGAAAGAAGGCAACCGCGCAAAAGGACGUCAAAUGCAUCACUGGCAGCUAUUGAAAGAGCUAUUAUGAAUAAAAGGAACUUCUCCAAUGAUCUUAUACCCCCAAAGUCAAAUGGGAAGACAAGAAAAAGUAAGCGCAGAAAGAAAGCCGUGAAGAAAAAAGCAUCAUCCACGAAAAAGGUAUUGGAAAAGAAAAAGAAACUUGGAACUAUCCGGAAAGCACCAUCGGAUUCAUCACAUAGAAGGGUUUCUACAAAGAAGCUACAUCCGAAGAAACAAAAUGAAGAUAAUGAGGAAGAAUCGUACAAGAACAAGAAAAUGAAAUUGGUCAUGGAAGACAACAUGGAUUUUCUAUUUUCCAGGUUGGAUUAUUCCACCGAAUUUACCCCGGAAUUGGUCAAAGAGGCUCGACAUGGUUUUUUUUACAAGCCACCCCAGUAUAGCCUUUUUGCUAAAUAUGAUAAAGAGGCGGAUCCAGCGAUAGCAGCAAAUUUAGAUUGCCUUCUGAAUAAAUUUAUGGAACAAGCAUAUAAACGGGUGGCUUUUGGCGAUCUCGAUCAAACACCAUUUUUGCACGAGAGUGAAUACGAGUAUAUUAUGUCUAAUCUGGAACCAUUUCUAAAUGUUAUCUUACCACCAUUGAUUUUUGACCAACGUCCGGCUAUAAGCAUUGAUGCCGAUAUGCAAGAAAAAGGCCAUCAUAUAAGCAUGGCAAAUUUAACUAUUCAACCGACUAAAGUCAAGAACCUCUGGAAAUUAAAGAUUUUUCGAUCUACAGGGCAAUAUUUAAAGAAGUUCAAAAACAUGACCAUUAAGGAUGAGGCCAAAAAGCGCUUUCAAUGGAUAAAUUCCUUGAUAACCGACGGAAAGGCAUUAUAUUCGUGUGAUAAACUUGAUGCAAUAGUACGUCUCAUGAGAUCCAAUCCGAUGCUUAAUGUUGAAACAGACGAUGAAGAUGAAAACCAAGAGGAGUAUGAAGAUGAUGAAACAGAUGAAGAUGAUUAUGUAGGUGAAGAUGAAAAUUACGCGGAAACUGUUCAAGAUGGUGAAAAUGAUAGCGAUAUCGAUGACGCUAAAGAUGCAAUAUACACCGAUUCAAAAGAUAAAACACAAGAUGAUUAUGGCGGGUAUAUGGAUAUAAGAGACAAAAAAAAGGAAGACCAAACGGCAAAUGACGAUCAAAAGCAGGUGAAUUCUGAGGUAAGUGGGGUUCAUGAUUCCAAGGAACAGAUUUCUGGGUCUGAAGAUAAUGCAAACAAUUUUGAGAUGCCGGAUAUGUUUAAAAACUCUUCGUUAUUUGUUAGUUCUGACGAUGAUGAUGAUGAGGAGGAGGAUAAUAUUGCUUACGAUAAAGAUAUGCAUGAAGGGAACAAUAAAAACGAAGUACAGGAUAGAACACAGAAUGGAACCACUAGCGAGGAGAAGGUAAAAAGCAAAGUGGCCGGAAAAAGGAGAAGAUUUCCAAAGGGUGCACAUGCUCUUUCAGUCAGAGAUUUUCAAGGUCCAACAACUGAUCACACAGAUAAUAGGAAGGCUGUUGUCACAUCAGCUAGGGGAAUAAGACUUGACAGUAUGCAUAUCAGAAAGCAUCUAAGUACUCAAGAAUUUAUGAGAAUAUUGGCAGGUUUAGUAUUUCCGGGAAUGAAAAUAUCUGCUAGAAGGCCCAACAAAGUGGUUAUGACAGCCGUUUCCAAGGGUUUAUCCAAAGUGUUUUUCAAUUUCCGUCCCUAUUUAAUAGAAUUGUUUUUGGCCGAUCUUGAUUCAUUUUUCACCAUGCCGAAGUAUUUCAAGAUGGAUUCUGUUAUGGUGGAACUUCAGAUAGAAGAAAUGAAAAACAAGACCUCUGUUGGUGAAAAAAAUAAGCAUAGAAUGAUGUAUUAUUACUAA